CUAGGCGUUCUAAUAUCGAUUUCUUAUAGGGCGAAGUGUGUUCCAUCGAUAAUUUCGUGUUUACUAGAUGAUUCGCAUACGGCGCGCAAUUUGUGAACAACUGCCGCACUUGAAGAAUGCGUGCCAUGCCCUGGAGGUGCCAGCCAAGAAUCAGGUGCUCCAAAAUGCCCGGCGACCGACUUUGGAGUGGAUUCUCCCAUCUGCGGUUGCGCAACAGGAGCGGGAACUACUUGAAAUGGUCAAGGAGCACAGAUUCGAUGACACCUAUGUAGAGAAAGUCCGGGUGGUGCCCAGUGCCGCGCGCAGAGCGGCCAAGAUCGAGUUCCAGUUGCAGCCACAGAUUUUUGUGGAGCAGCUCCUUCAAACUAAGCUGAGUACUUCCAAGCCUUACCCUUCUCCAACGGAACACAUCCUGGUAGAGUACAGCUCGCCGAACAUAGCCAAACCCUUUCACGUGGGGCACUUGCGCUCCACUAUCAUCGGCAAUGUCCUAGCCAAUCUCCACCAGCAUUUGGGCUAUCGAACCACCCGCUUGAACUACCUUGGAGAUUGGGGCACGCAGUUUGGUCUACUGGCACUGGGCGUAAUACUGGAGAAUGUAACCGACGAAGAGAUGCAGGUAUCUCCCAUUGAAGUGCUGUACAAAUCCUAUGUAGCUGCCAACAAGGCAGCUGAAGAGAGUCCGGAAAUUGCCAAGCGAGCACGUGAUCUCUUCGCCGCUUUGGAAGCGGGCACAGAUGAAACUAUGGCCAAGCAAUGGCAGCAGUAUAGAAAGUAUACCAUAGAGGAUCUAUCUAAGGUUUACAAGCGAUUAGGGGUCCAUUUCGAUAGCUACGAGUGGGAAUCCCAGUACUCCCAAAUGCAAAUUCUUGAUAUCCUGGAUAAGCUUCGGCAUGCUGGACUCCUGCAACCAGAACAAGAUGGUCGUGAGAUUGUAGUAAUAGAUGGUAGACGCAUACCCAUUAUCAAGAGUGAUGGCUCCACUUUGUAUCUGGCCAGAGAUAUUGCUGCUCUGCUGGAGAGGCUAUCCAGGUUCCAGUUCUCCCGUUUGCUUUAUGUGGUAGACAAUGGCCAGGCGGAUCAUUUUAACGCCCUAUUUAAAACAGCGGUCGCUGUGGAGUCUCGCCUUAAUCUGGAUCAGUUGCAGCACGUAAAAUUCGGCCGCAUUCAUGGGAUGAGCACUCGUCAGGGAAAGGCCAUCUUUUUAAAGGAUGUCCUGGAUGAAGCUCGUGAUAUAAUGCGAGAGAAACGAAACUUCACUGCAACAACCAAGAAAAACCAAACUCUAGAUGACGAGAAUGUGUGUGAUAUCCUGGGGAUUUCAGCCGUCCUAGUCAAUGUCCUUAAGCAGCGUCGGCAACGAGAUCACGAGUUCAGCUGGAUGCAGGCGCUCCAAGUGAAUGGGGAUACGGGAAUCAAGCUUCAAUACACACACUGCCGCCUGUCCAGUUUGCUGGAUAACUUCCGAGAAGUGGAUCUGGACGGCAUCAAGCCCAACUGGAUGCAUUUCGCCGAAGAGCCAGAGGAUGCUUUGGAUCUCGUCUACGAAUUGGCACGCUUCGAUCAAAGCAUUUGGCGGUCGAAAGAGCAACUCGAGGCAUGUGUGCUAGUAAACUAUCUUUUUGUAUUGUGCAAUACCACCAGUCGAGCGCUUAAACGAUUACCUGUGAAGCAUGAAAAGUGCCUGCAAAGGCAAUCCCAGCGCCUGCUCCUUUUCCACGCUGCCAAAAAAACUCUACAGCAGGGAAUGCAGCUGUUGGGCCUACGACCACUCGACCAAAUGUAAACCAAAAACACCUCAACCUAAAUCCUUUAACAUAAUUGAUUUUUAUUAAAACGAUUUGGUCUGAAAUGCAAAAA